AAUACGCUGUACCGCCAUUUUGAGCCGUGCGUGUGGUGUCAUCAUUUCUCUCCAAUCUGAGGCGAUUUCCAUCUUACUUCUGCUCUGUAUCAACUCUGGGCAGUUUUGAAAGACAAUGUACUGACUCUACAGCCGUGAGGAUCUGUGUCGUCGUUAAAACAUCGACCAGUACUUUGGAGUGUCAGUGCAUCUUGGAUCAGUAGUUUAACUAACAUGGCUACCAGAGCUGCAUCUCAUUUGACCGAAGAGGAAGAGAAUAGGCGUGGAAAGCAGGAUUCUACGCGUCGUCACAAGUGUAGCGAGUGCGACAAGGAGUUUCGCUUCCUGAGUUAUUUGAAGCGACACAUGCGGGCUCACACAGGUGAGAAACCGUAUGGGUGUGAGAAAUGUAACAAAAGCUUCAGUCAUCAUUGGAAGCUGACGAAUCACAUGCGGACUCACACAGGUGAGAAACCGUACAGGUGUGAGGAGUGCAGCAGGCAGUUCAGUGAGCUGGGCAGUCUGAAGAAGCACAUGAGGACUCACACUGGUGAGAAACCGUACAUGUGUGAAGUGUGCAGCAGGCAGUUCAGUGAGCUGGCUAAUCUGAAAGAUCACAGACGAAUCCAUACAGGUGAGAAACCGUACAUGUGUGAGGAGUGUGGCAGGCAGUUCAGCACACGGAGUAACAUGAAGGCUCACAUGCGGACUCACACAGGAGAGAAACCUUACACGUGUAAAGAGUGCAACAGGCAGUUCAGAAGCCCGGACAAUCUGAAGACUCACAUGCGGACUCACACGGGCGAGAAACCGUAUAGAUGUGUAGAGUGCGGCAAGCAGUUUAGUCAGACGUCUGGUCUGAAGCAACAUAUGCGCACUCACACUGGUGAUAAAAGCGUACAGAUGCGAUGAGUGUCCACAUGCAAUCUCAAACCAUUCCAAAAAAACUUUCCAGUGUCCAUCU